GUCGUAUCGGAGAGCACUAUGCCAGUAUCACUGCAUCACGGAACCCUUAUUGCCUAGGAUUAUCAGCUUCUCCAGAUAUCAAACGGUUUACAUUCGAUAAUAAUCGCGCGAGGGCCUGGUGCGAUUUCACGCGUGCCUGAGCGACGGAAACUACGCAGGACGAGGAAAACAACGUACGCAAGGACAAAAUAGCCCAACGAGAAAAAGCUGCCGCAAUGUGGCCUGGAGUAUUGAAGUUGUUGGUGUUACUAACAGUCUUGCCACUUCCAUCAAGAUGUGCGGCGGAAGUACCGGUAAAUUACCGGGCAAAGGAGAAGGAGGUAUUAGACAAGAUUCUAGGACCAGGACGGUACGACGCGCGUAUCCGGCCCAACGGAGAAAAUGUAACAGAUGAGCCGACAAAUGUGAUGGUCAACUUCUUAAUCCGCUCUAUCAGCAAAAUAGAUGAUUAUAAGAUGGAGUACUCUGUACAGUUAACAUUCCGGGAACAAUGGCUGGACGAACGAUUAGAAUUUAAUGAUUUUGGAGGUCGUCUAAAGUAUUUAACAUUAACGGAUGCGAGUCGCGUUUGGAUGCCAGAUCUGUUCUUUGCGAACGAGAAGGAAGGUCAUUUUCACAACAUUAUUAUGCCGAAUGUAUACAUUCGUAUUUUCCCCAAAGGUUCCGUUCUAUACAGUAUACGGAUAUCUUUAACGUUAUCAUGCCCGAUGAAUUUAAAAUUGUAUCCCUUGGAUCGACAAAUUUGCUCACUACGUAUGGCAAGCUAUGGUUGGACAACCGAUGAUUUGGUUUUCCUAUGGAAGGAAGGAGAUCCUGUUCAAGUUGUUAAAAACCUACACCUGCCUCGGUUCACGUUGGAGAAAUUUCUUACCGAUUAUUGCAACAGCAAGACAAAUACUGGCGAGUACAGCUGCCUGAAGGUUGACUUGCUGUUCAAGAGAGAAUUCAGUUACUAUCUUAUUCAAAUCUACAUUCCCUGCUGCAUGCUUGUCAUUGUAUCCUGGGUAUCGUUCUGGCUCGAUCAAAGUGCUGUACCAGCUCGAGUUUCACUGGGUGUGACCACCUUGUUGACGAUGGCCACGCAGACGUCAGGAAUAAAUGCCUCACUGCCACCAGUCUCUUAUACAAAGGCUAUCGAUAUUUGGACAGGCGUGUGCUUGACUUUCGUAUUCGGCGCUCUCCUCGAAUUUGCCCUAGUGAAUUAUGCAUCUCGGAGCGAUAUGCACAGAGAUAAUAUAGAGAAAAAGUUUUCACCGUCUGAAACGGAACAACCCAGCUCGAUGGAUCUGCCUUCUGAUCAAAUCGAACCAGAUAACACGUCGAAUUUCGUUAUGACCGGAUAUGAUGGAUCACUUCAACAUUCUCUACAGAAACCUCUGGUCCGACAGCCGGACGAUACCAUGUCAGAUAGGAUGCAGAACUGCGAUUUACAUAUGCAACCACGAAAAAAAAACUGCUGCAGGUCGUGGCUGUCCAAGUUCCCAACGAGGUCCAAGCGCAUCGACGUCAUUUCACGGAUAUUCUUCCCCAUCGUAUUCGCUUUCUUCAACCUCAUGUACUGGUGCGCGUACCUGUUUCGACAGGAGGAGGGGGACGAGUAAAUAUCGACGAGGAAGCGCUUGGAACAAGGAACGUGGCUCGCGGCCAUUCCCAACAUUCUCACACUAUUAAACCUCAUCAUCGUUCAC